GUCCUACAAUAAAAUUACAUUUUUUUCCAGUACAAGUACAUAGAAAAUGACACAUGGUAUCAAGAACAAAGCAAAUUCAUUGAUUUAGAUGAAUUCUGUGAGGGGGUCAUCUAAACCGUGGGACCAAAAGACAGAAUUUAUUUAGAGUUCAGAAGAGCCCUCAACAAGAUUAUGAGCUCAGAGUUUUUAUGUUGUUCCUAUCAGUGGCCUGGUGUGUUAAUGUGUUUGUGUGAGCUGGGGAUCAGCUGCAGCAGGGCAGUCAGCUAUGCCUUGUGAUUUGGGUUUUACCUGGCAGUUAAGCAAAUGUCCCACUUGACAAGUGAACAAACAACCAGAAAAAAGGAAAAGAACAAAGCAAGGCAUUGAGUCUGAAUCAUACUUCAAGACUCAGAAACAUCGUCUUUAGAGCUAGAAGGAAGCUGUGUGUAUGAGCAGCAUUGUGUCUCCCGAAAGUUCAUAUGUUGAUGUUCUGACCCCCAGUGUAACUCUGGGGGAAAAACCUUUGAAACCAAAAUCAGUCAAAGGGAGAAAUAAUGUGGGAGAAACCAGCUUAUUGCUUAUAAGCAGUCAUCCCCUUCUGCUCACCCGUGUCUUUCAUGACCCGGCUGCAGAAAGAGAUCCAACCUUUCCAGUCCAGAUAAGCCCUCGCUCCCCCAUAUAAUUACCCACUGAUAUGGAGGUGGACUACUUCUCUCCACCCCUUAUCAACACCUAUUGAUAAGGAGAUGCACUAAGGCCAGGCUAGAGAUUCUGGAAAUACUGCAAUUUUACCCACCCCAAUCAUCAGAAUGUGACCUUAUUUGGAAAAAGGGUCUUCACAGAUAUAAUUGUUUAAGUUAAGAUGAAGUUAUUCUGGAGUAAGGUAGGCAUCUAAGCCAAUACGGCUGAUAUCCUUAGACAAAGGGGAAAUUAGGCACAGAUGCACUUGCAGGGAGAGCUGCAUGUGGAGAUGAAGACAGCCAUUUAGAAGCUGAAGAUAAUCCCUCUAACUCUUAGUAGGAACCAGCACUGCCAACACCUGGAUUUCAGAUAUCUAGCCUCAAGAACUGUGGGACAAUGAAUUUAUGUUGUUUAAGCCCCCCAGGUUGUGGUACUUUACUACAACAGCCCCAAAAAACGAGUAGAUGAGCCUUGAGGCCCUCUGAACAUGUUCAGCCACAGAAAGUACACAGCUACACGACCCAGUCCUCAGGCCUUGGUCCCUGACACUUAAUUGCCAAAGGCACCAAAACACAUUAAAAAAUUAUAUAUAUUAUAUGUAUUAUAAGAAAAUUAUAUAUAUUAUUUAUGCUAUAAGAAAAAAAUCAUAUACUUUUUCUUAUAUAUUUAAGAUAUAAAUACAUAUAAGUAUAUAAGCACAGCUGGGGCACCAAAAAUAUUAAAAAAUUAGCAAACAUCUAGAAUUUUGUAAUAAGAAAAUCUAAAAAAUAAGCUAUUUUGGUUUUUAAAUGCAUGUAAAUUUGGUUUCUGUGGUUUUAAGAAGGGGGUGCAGCAUAAUCUUAUCACUGCCUAGGGGUUCUAAAAGUCCUAAUUGGCUAGUUCUUCAAUGAAAAAAGACUUGAAGGAAAUAAGUCUAAGUGUUAAAUAGAGAUACUCUGGGCUGUAGAAUCGGGGUACUAAGGUAUUAUUAUUGUUUUGUAUCUGUACUUUCUAAAUUAUAUAAUGAGUAUGUGUUGUUUGUGAAUUUUUUUAAAAUAAGCCUUAUUAUUGAGUCUAUCUGACUCCACACAGUUUUAACCUAUUGGUUCUAAUGCUCUCCUCUGGGAAUUAAUACUAGACUCGAAACAUGUCUUCUUUCUCAUGAAGCAGCAAAGCAAAAAGAAAAGAGAAGAACCUGUAUCUCCUUAGUCUUCUGCUAAAAGUUGUCUGAAAAUUGUUAUUGCCACUUAAUAAAAAACAUGACAGCCUUAGUCUGUCAUGCCAGUUUUUUAGGUUCGUAGCAAAAUAGUGAGGAAGAUGCAGACAUUUUCCAAAUAACCCCGUCCCCACACAUGCAUGGCCUCCCCCACUGUCAACAUCCCCCACCACAGGGCACAUUUAUUACAAUUGAUGAACCUACAUUGAUACAUCAAAAUCACCCAAAGUCCAUAGUUUACUUUAGAGUUGACUCUUGGUGUUGUAUAUUCUCUGGGUUUGGACAAAUAUAUAAUGACAUGUACCCAUUAUUCUAGUAUCACAGAGAAUUUUUACCGCUCUAACAGUCCUCUGUGUUUCACCUAUUCAUCCCUCCCAUCCCAGCUUGCUGAUCUCAUUAUUGUCUCCAUAGUUUAAUCUUUUCUAGAAUGUCCUACACUUGGAAUUAGAUAGUAGGUAACCUUUUCAGAUGGCUUCUUUUGCUUAGUAAUAUGCAUUUAAGUUUCUUUCAUGGUUUGAUAGCUAAUUUCUUGUCAGCACUGAAUACCCCAUUGUCUGGAUGUACCACAGUUGUUCUAUCCACUCAUUUACUAAAGGACGUCUUGGCUGGUUGCUUCCAAGUUUUGGCAAUUAUGAAUAAAGCUGUUAAAAUAUCCAUGUGUAGGUUUUAAUGUGUGCACAUGUUUUCAACUCAUUUGGAUAAAUAUCAAGGAGAUCAAUUGCUGGAUCGUAUGGUAAAAGUAGGUUCAGUUUUGUAAGAAACUGCCAAACUGUCUUCCAAAGGGGCCGUACCACGCUGUACUCCCGCCAGCCACGCAUGAGAGUUCCUGCUGCUCCACAUGCUCACCAGUACCUGGUGGUGUCAGUGUUUCAAAAUGGCUGUUCUAAUAAAGUGUGAAGUGAUAUCAUGUUGUUUUCAUUUAAUUUCCCUGAUGACAUACAGUAGGGAGCAUCCUUCCAUAUACUUGCCAUCUGUGUAUCUUCUGUGGUGAGGUGUCUAUGAAGAUAUUGGGCCCAAUUUUUAAUCGGGCUUGCUUUCCUAUUUUUGAGUUUUAUGAGUUCUUUGAAUAUUUUGGAUAACAGUCCUUUAGCAGAUACCUCUUUUGCAAAUAUAUUCUCCCAGUCUGUGGCUUGUUUUCUCAUUCUCUUGAGACCUGCUCAUUUUUCCACCCAACAUUUACAUCCAGUCUCUCUAUGCAAUGAGUAUUAUUGAACUUCAAAUCUGUCACUUUCCCAGUUCCUGACUCAUAGUAGUGGCUCAAAUAAUUAUUAAAUCGUUUAUAAGUAUGGGAUUGUAAAUUAUGCCACUCCAAGAACAGAUUUGAGCCACUACUUUUUGGAGAGAAAGUUCAUAGAAGAGGCCCAAUCACCUUAAUAAAGAUUUGACCUCUUUCUACCAUCUUUCCUUGCUGACAUAAUGGUAUGCAUAAAUGUCCUGGCUGAUGCUUGUAAGAGCAUCAGCAAUGCCAAAAAGAGAGGCAAACACCAGAUUUUUAUUAGCCCAUGCUUCAAAGCUCCCUCAUUCAGUUUCUAACUAUAAUGUUACUCUGGUGAAUUUAAAAUCAUUGACAAUCACAGAACUGAGAAAAUUAUUAUGAACCUCACUGUCAGGUUAAAUGAGUGUGGACUGAUCAGCCCCAGUUUUGAAGUACAGCUCAUAGAUCUAGAAAAAUGGCAGAAUAACAUGUUCCUGUCACAUCAGUUUGGUUACACUGUCCUGACAACCUCAGCUGGUAUGGACCAUGGAGAAGCAAGACAAAAACACACAGGAGGGAAAAGCCUGGGAUUACUUUUCUAGGGAUAUAAUAUACACGUGCAAAUAAAAUGCCUCAAUGGACAAAAAAAAAAAAAAAAAAUUUUGAAAAAGCAGAUUUAUAUUAACAUAAGUAGAGGACUAUAAUAAACACUAGACUGAGUGUUCAUUAACUCAUUCCAGUUAACGCUAUCCUUGGUUCUUGGGGAUCUACCUAGUUAAUAUUUCCCGAAUCUACUUUUAUUUUUUUUAAAGAAUGACUGCUGGUAGCUUGGGAAAAUUAGCUGUGACAAGAAGAUUGAUGACCUGCAGGAAAUCAUGAUAAGAGUGUUUAAAAAUUCUGGAAUCUCAUUUAGAAGAUCAGACAUAAUCUUCCUUUCUCUCUUUGUUUCAAAAAUAUGAAACGCAUUUUGUAAAAAAUGCAGUAAAUAAAAAUUU